UUUCAAGUCGCCGAUUUCACAACAUAGCACACACGAUGACUUCUCAGAAUCCAGAGCAAUACAUUCUCAUUACCGGCGCUGGGGGGUUUAUUGGUCAAGAACUCGCCACAUCCCUUCUCGCCUCAGCUCCAAAUAUCCGCCUUGUGCUUGCCGAUGUUUUCACACCACCGAAUCCGGAUGCCUCCCGCAUAACUUCAGUUACCGCCGACUUGACAAAAAGCUCCGCUGUCGACACUUUACUUGGCUCACAGAAGUGGAGAGCGUGCUAUCUCUUACACGGAAUCAUGUCUGGUGGCGCCGAAGCGAAUCUUGAGCUCGGUCUCGCUGUCAAUGUUGAUUCACAUCGCUUCGUUCUCGACUAUCUACGGCGGAACCAACCAGGCGUAGUUGUCGUAUUCCCAUCAUCACUAGCAAUCUACGGGCCCCCCGAUGCCAGUAACCCCGUGAUAUCCGAAAAGACGAUACCGAUCCCACAAUCCUCUUACGGGGCGGAGAAAUUGAUUGUCGAGACAUUGGUCAAUGACUACUCGAGACGUGGAUUGAUCGACGGGCGGGUAUGCCGUCUACCAACCGUCAUUGUCCGGCCGGGUGCCCCUUCCGCAGCUGCAUCCAGUUUCGCAUCGGGCAUUAUUCGUGAGCCUUUGAAAGGGGAACCUUCGGUGUUGCCCGUCAGUAAAGAUCUCGAGAUGUGGGUGUGCUCGCCACAGACUGUUGUGCGCAAUCUGGUCGCGAUAAAAGACGUGCCCGCGGAGCAAUUCGGAAUAGGACGUGGUCGAGCAGUGAAUUUACCUGGUCAAACAGUGAACGUCGGCCAGAUACUCGAUGCACUCAAGGAAGUUGGCGGGCAAAAGGCGCUAGAUUUGGUGGAGGAGGUGCGAGAUGUCAAGGUGGAGGCAAUUGUUGCUAGCUGGCCGGCAAGAUUCGAUAUCUCGUUAGCAAAAAGUUUGGGCAUGAGCCCAGACAUCAGUCUCAAGGAAGAGGUCCGUAGUUUUGCGGAGAGUUUGAAACGGUGA